CAUGCGACUAGGUUCACAAAUUGAAAUUAGGGCUUCCCAGGAAUGGGAACCUCGGGGAGGAGGAGUUGGGCUCUGCGAGGUAGGUACUCCUCCGCCUGCGAGGUCUGUGUGUCUGUCUGAACGUGUCUGAGAGAAUUUGCAAUGGCUUCCUUCGACGAUCGCAAGCGAGAGGUGCUGGAAGGCUUGGCCUCGGAUGCGAAGGACAAGUCUCGAGCUGGCGGUGUGGACGCUCCUAUUGCAUCUCUCAUCAACCGCAUUAAUUUGCAUCCUCAGUAUUUCACCACCAGCUCCUGCUCUGGCCGCAUUUCCAUCUUCUCCGAGUCUGCGCCGGAUGAUGGUGCUAAGAACGUUGAGUGCUAUACAGGGAAGAAGACGUCGAAGAAGAAAGGCGGAGACUGGGUUUAUGUCAGUCAUGACCCUGGUCUGGAGAGCGAGGUUUUGAAGUGUGUUCAAGAAUACAUUACCACUAUGGAGGAUGGGCUUCUGGUAUUUCGAUACGAGCCCUUUAUUCUCGCGGUGGAGUGUCGUACUCCUGCUGCUGCUCAGACUCUUGUCCAAUGUGCUGUGUCUGCCGGCUUUCGAGAAUCAGGAAUAUCGGGUAUGGGAAAGCGCAACAUUGUAGGUGUGCGAUGCUCAAUUCGUUUGGAAGUACCAAUUGUUCUAGCUGGAAACAUGCUCGUUACGGAAGAUUAUUUGCGAUUUUUAACAGCAUUGGCAAAUAGAAAGAUGGAGCUGAACCGUCAACGCACUGAUACGUUCUCGGUUAAGUUCAUGGAUCAGAUUGCAAGUCCUGAAUUGCAGAAGCUAUCAGAGUUCAAGUGCGCUAUGUCAAGACAAGAACCUAGCAGUGAGCUUCCACCUUCUGAAUUGUCAUUAUACAAUGAAUCUGAAGAAGUGAGUUAUGCCAGUGGAAAUCAGGAUCAAGCUGAGAAGAAUUUCGCUAUAGAUAAAGAGAGUAAGAAGAAGCUUUCUGCACUAAAGGGCAGACAAUUGAGAUUACUUGCUAGGUUGAAUACUUUUGAAGAUCAGCGGCUUCUUAGCACUGGGGCAAUCAGUGCGGGGAAAACAGAACAAAACGCACGAAGUUCUCGAAAAGAUGGAAGUGUCUGUAGCAGUGUGCAUGCUGUCAAGGACCUCACCACGCAAGCAAAGACAACUAGCUCGGUUUAUGGUGCUAAUAGCAAGUCCGACUCUGCGUCACUACAGAGUGAUAAUGGUUCUCGGGAUACGGAGGCGAGACUGUCGGCAAGCAACGGACGGAGAAAAUCUGAUGGGUGCAGUUUAUCAGCUGCUCAUCUAGAGGUGCGUGGCGAGCCAAUUGAACGGCUACAUUGCUGGAGCCACUCAGCUGUACAAAUAGAAAUUAAUGGACAUCAUUCUCUUCUCCUCUACGGCGGUUUUGGAGGCCCGGAUCGCCAUGCACGUCUAGGGAACUCGAUGGUCCUGGAUUGUGUGACAGGCGAAUUAAAAUGUUACGAGACUUCCCAUGCACCACAACCAAGGAUGUCUCAUGUUGCAGUUGUAGUGAGUCAAUCUAUGGUGGUAAUUGGCGGCAGACAUGAUCCUAGUACUUGUCUGGGCGACGUUUGCGUCUUAGACUUGAAGACAAGUUCGUGGCAUUUUCCUGAAGUGACUGGAUCUCAUUUCCUUCCAAGGCAUAGGCAUGCGGCAGCAAGGGUGGGUGAUAAUAUUUAUGUAUUUGGGGGCAUGAAUCAGGACAGCGUUUUGGGUGAUUUUUAUGUGCUUAAUACGUCAUCAUGGAAAUGGAAUUGUGUGAACUCUAGAGGUGACACACCAGCUCCUCGAUAUUCACAUUCAUUAGCUGCUAUUGGUCAGAAGCUAUACCUCUUUGGGGGUAGGGAUGCAAAAAUAUCAUAUGGAGAUCUUCAUGUCUUUUGCUUGGAAACAAAUACCUGGACUGAACAAAAAGGCUUGGGGGAGCUCUCUAUACCUCGAUUCUCACAUUCCAUGACUGCGAUUGACAAGUGGUUAGUCAUAUUAGGAGGGUGCCCUAUCACACAUCAUGGAACUGAUCUCCUAUUUUUUAACGUUGAUGAAAUGAUCAGCCAACGUGUUCCUUUGACGCAGGCGUCACUGGACGUGCUGUUAGUGAGACACACUGCUACUCUUUUAGGCACCAGGUUGGUGGUCGUUGGUGGAGGUGCAGCUUGUUUUGCUUUUGGGGCAAAGUUCAAUGUUCCUUUUUUAGUAGACUUAGUACCUUACUUGAAUAGAAAUACUAGCGCGAUCCUGACAGAUGGUGUAGCUGGAUUCUAUUCUACACGGGAGGAAUCAUCUAUCGAUAGGGAUUCGUCUAUGAAAGGCGGGCCCAGUGAUGAAUUCGAGAAGCGGGCGUGGAUUCUGAAGUUAGAUAGAAAUAAUGCAAAGACUGGGAAGGAUGCUUUAAAGCAACUGGAGUGGUUGGAUCAGACAAGAAAACCAAAAGUGUUGGAUGGAGGGUUGCAUGUUGCAUUUCCAAUUACAGAGGACGCAGCUCUGUACCUUCAGGAACCGGGUUCCAAAGGUACAUCACUGCCUACACGUAAGGGCUUGAAUAUGGAGUCUUCUCAGAAAGUAAUAUCAAACUUGAUUGCAAGUGGAGGUGAAGUUGUCGAGAUGCAACUGGCUCUUGACACACGCCGUCCUAUCUCUCCAUCUGUCACGCUGGAGGCUGGUGUUGUCAAACUAUUACAAGAGGCAGGACUGCCUCAAGAUCUUAUUGAAGAAUUACCGAAGAAGUGGGAACGACUGGGGGACAUGGCCAUUCUACCUGCAGGGUCACUUACGAGUAGUCACUGGAGGUCAAUUGGACCUGGACUCUGGAGUUUUAUUGCAUCUUCACUCGGAUCGAGGCGCAUCGCUCGCCAGGCACCAGUGGCUGCAACUAAGACCCGAGACAGCAAGUUACAGGUUCUGUAUGGAGAGGAUGGUUGGGUUGAGCAUCGUGAAAAUGGCAUACUUUACUGCUUUGAUGCAACCAAAUGCAUGUUUUCAUCUGGGAAUGUCUCUGAAAAGCUUCGGAUGGCGUCCAUGAAAUGUGCUGGCGAAACUGUUGUUGAUCUUUUUGCUGGCAUUGGAUACUACACCUUGCCUUUUCUCCUCAAGGGUGGAGCUAAAUUGGUUUACACAUGUGAAUGGAACCCCAAUGCAAUCUUAGCGCUUCGCCACAAUUUACUGGUCAAUGGAGUAGAAAGUCGUUGUGUUGUCCUUGAAGGAGACAAUCGAGUAACAGCACCUAAGGGUGUGGCUCACAGAGUGUGCUUGGGUCUCCUGCCAUCUAGUGAAGGCAGUUGGGGUGUGGCAAUCGAGGCUCUUAGUUCUUCUUUCAGGCCAGAGGGUGGCAUACUUCAUGUGCAUGAAAACGUGAAAGACUCAAAUGAGAAAGAGUGGCUUGAUUAUCUUGUCUCCGCCCUUGUUAAAUUAUCAUCUGGUCUUGGUAGAGAUUGGGAUAUAAAAGUGUUUCAUCUUGAACGCGUCAAGUGGUAUGCUCCUCACAUAAGGCAUAUAGUCGCUGAUGUUCACCUCUCUCAAAGGUGAUGGAUUAUAGAUGAUGGCAUAAUUUUACAACCAUUUCUUGAUUAUUGUUAACUUAUGGCAUGAAUGAUAGUUAUGCUCCUGGACUAUCUGAGGCAUUUUACAUGAAUAUGGAAGAUGCGAUUGGUGCUGGUAUAUUCAUGCAAUAAUGAUCUACAUUAAGUCCUGUUU